AUGAUUAGUGGUGGUUUCCUUGAACCAACAACAGCUUAUUUUGGUACUGUUGAAAGUCAAGAGCGAGGUUCUCUUCACUUACAUCUUCUUAUUUGGCUUGAUCAUGAUAUGACACCUGCUGAUCUCAAAGAAAAUAUUCAAGAUGUCCAUUUUCGUGAAAAGUUAAAAGCAUAUUUAGAAGAUAUUUAUCAAAGAAGAUCUAGAUGA